AUGAGAGACGUGGAUAAGGGUGUGGGUCCUUGUGUCGUUCAAAAAUCAUCCAGCAAUGAAAAUCCUGUAGUUUUUGACACCUCCAUCAUACCCUGGUGGGCAUGGAUGAAAAGGUUCCAUCUCCCUCAAGCUGAACUACUCAAUGGUCGUGCCGCCAUGAUGGGAUUCUUUAUGGCAUAUUUGGUUGAUAGCUUGACGAGAGUAGGCCUAGUGGAUCAAAUGGGAAACUUCUUUUGCAAAACUCUGUUGUUCGUGGUUGUGAUCGGAGUUCUUUUGAUCCGAAAGAAUGAGGACCUUGAAAACCUUAAGAAGCUAUUGGAUGAGACUACUUUAUAUGACAAGCAAUGGCAAGCAACAUGGCAGGACGAAAAUUCAAGCACUCCAAAGAGUGAGUAG